AUGGCCUCUUCACAUAUAGACAGAGAAGACCUGCAACAUUCUUCUCAAAAUCUCCAACCCAGGAAAGGGCAGAGUGUCUCUUAUGCUGCCUUACAAUUCCCUGCUGGCAGCAUCAAUCCGCCCCACACUCACCCUCGAUCUGCUGAGCUGUUGCUUGUGGCUCAAGGUACCCUACAAGUAGGGUUUGUGGACACUAAUAAUAAGCUCUUCACUUCCACACUUCAGACGGGAGACAUGUUCAUAUUCCCAAAGGGACUUGUUCACUUCCAACACAAUGCUUAUGAUAAUCAGACAGCUUUGGCUCUUUCUGUUUUUGGUAGCGCCAAUGCAGGCACAGUGUCCAUCCCCAGUACUUUGUUUAACUCCACCAUUGAUGACAGUGUCUUGGCUUUGGCCUUUAAGACUGAUGUUGCCACCAUCCAGACUUUGAAGAAAGGCUUUGCUCCCCAGUGA